CUCCAGUUUCUAUCCACAUGAAUUUACACUGCUUUCUGCUCCCUCUCAAAACAAUGCAGCGUGUCAAUUCCUCCUCCUCCUCAAACCCACUCUCCAAGUCGGCCAACCUGACGACAAACUAAAUUUAAUAGUGCACAAAGUUAACAAUAAUUCCGUUGCGGCGGGGUCCCGACGCCGCGAGCAAAACCAGAGAGGAGGCGACCCAAAAAGAUAUCUAAACUUUAUGCUUGUUUGAUUGAUACUCAAUUUUAAAAUACUUUGGAGGUAGGAAAAUAAUGCCGUCGUCAACUUCAUCCUCCUCCUCAUCGUCUUCAUCCUCUUCGUCAUCUUCUUCUGGUCGGAGUCGAAGUAGUAGUAGCAGUUCUUCCGAUUCUGAGCUGGACCCACCCUCCGAACUUCCCAAUGUGGUGGUCGAAGUGCUAGAAGAAUACCAUAAUUAUAAUGACGACGACGACGACCAUCAUCUUGAAAAACCAGCCACUCCUGAACCAAACUUUAGUCUGGAUGAUGACGACGAUAACGAAGUGGUGCCUUCGCCCGUAAUUCAGCAAGAGCUCGUAGUUCAACAAGAAAAUAGUGACCAAGUUAUGAGUGACGAGGUAGAAGCUGACUUUAUUCCAGUUCCGGUUAAAAUUGAUGAUGAUGCUGCUGCUGAGCUUGCCUAUGACUCCGACGAGGAGCCGCCUCUAUUUUCCCCCUUAAGUGGUGAGAGUAUUAAAAAAGAACAAGAAGAAGAAGAUGCGAGAGUCGGGUCGACCGACGAAACUGGCUUGCAUGCGGAGAUGGAGAUGGACAUGCUGCCCGCACCGGCGACACCGACUCCGAUGUCUGUGGAGGAAGAACAGGAGGAAGAUCCGCCUUGUCCAGUAUUGACGCGCUACGACUGCUGCACACCGAUGGAAGAUGAUGAAGGCGACGGAGCCCUCAAGACUGGCAGAGGGGAGGGGUCAGAUAAAGACAUCUUGGCCGUGCACCUCGACGGAUUUGUUAACGAGGAGAAAGACCUUUCUCGCUACUUGAAGAGAUCGUUCCCCUCCGAAGAUGAAAUUGCAAAAAUUCCACGAGUCGGACGUGUCCUUCUCGUAAAAUUGUCACUGAUCAAAUCCAAAAAGCGAAAGUUAGAAGAAGAAAUUCGUCCUUCCAGUUCUAGUACGAAGAGUUCUAGUCACUCAAAAAAGCAUUCGUCAUCUUCGUCAUCAUCCGACCGGGACAAAACAAAGUCGAAAUCCUCUUCGCAUUCUUCAAGCAGCAGCUCUUCAUCGUCUCGACACAGGAGUAGUUACAAAUCGUCAUCAUCUUCAUCCCACUCAUCCCGUCCCAAAUCGUCAAGCCAUCGCGAACAUCACAAAGAUGACGACCGAAAGUCACGUGUCACUCCUGCGCCUGAUCGUGAAAGGGACCGAGACCGAGACAAAGUUAAAAGUAAGGUUGAGUCACAUCACAAGUCGUCGUCGUCAUCAUCCACCAAGCGUGACCGUGACCGUGACGAGGUGAAGAGUAAGCAUAAGGAUAAGGAUGAUCGCACCCAUCACAAGGUUAACCGACCGUUAAUCAUGCGACCCAAAAAAGACCAUCAUGAUGAGGAGAACAAAUUCCUUCAAAGUAAACGAGUCAUGGACAAGGUGACCCUCAAACUCAAGCACCCGGUGAAAGAGAAGGAAGAACCUGCCGGUGGAUCUUCAGUCGACGGAGUUUCUCUGAAAUUCCAAAGUUUCAAAAUUCCAAAGAAGAAGGACCCUGAGAAAGCAAAAUUGGUCAAGUUUAUCCCCAUUUUGAAAGCAAGUCCAGGAGCGUUCGUUCCAAAUGAAGAGGCCUCCGACGAGCUCAGAGGGGAAUUGGAAAGAAAAGUACGCUUCACCGUUCCCGAAGGCCAUCGUGAAGAGCACGUGAAAACAAAGAAGCGUGACGUUGAGCGAGAUCGACCUCGCAAGUUGGUUCUGGAUCCCAGCUUGGUCAAAAAAGAGCUGAAGGAUAAGGACAGGAAGAAAAUCCAAGAAGCCGAUCUCCUCUUCUUCCCAGACACGCUCAAUAAGAAUUCGGCGGAUCCAGCAAGUACGCCGCCAUCUGACAACCCAAUCACUUCUGAUCCUCCCACUCCUAAGGUUUCUGAUGUUGCACCAACAUCUCUUCCAUCUCCGUCCACGUCUUCUAAUGAGUGUGCACUUAAAUCCGCUAAGAUUGAGGACAGUUCCCCACCACAAUCCACCCCAACUACUGCUGAUGCUCCAGCUCCAAUCAUUUCUGCUCCUUCGACUCCAACUGCGUCUGCUCCUCCCACUCCUACUAAUAUUACUGAUCCACCCACCCCAACAAUCUCUGCUCCUACCACUCCAACUACUAUUGCUGCCCCUUCACCCACACCGGCCACACCUGUCGCAUCUUCUAAUGAUUAUGCAACCCGUAAAAUUGAGAGGUCUCCUCCAGAAAUCACUCCAACAUUUAAUGCUCCUCCCCCCACUUCAACUAAUUCUGCUCCAUCCACUCCAACUUCUGCUAUUCACCCACCCUCAAAUGUUCCAUGUCCACCGAUUUCUUCUAAUGAUUAUGUCACUAAAUCCUUCAAAAUUGAGCGGAAUUCUCCCCCACGAUCCACGAAAGGUGAAAUUCCAAAGCUAGAAAUCAUAGACAGGAGAUCAUCGUAUUCAAAAUUUCCUGAAAUUAUUAUGGAACCAUCGUCUCGACCCACUUCCCUCCUUGACUAUGAGCGAGACAAUCAUCGCUACGAUCGCCAUGAUUCAAGAUCAUCUUCUGCGAGCUAUAAUCGUGAUCGCGAACCCAUUGUCAAAAUAAAACGUGACCGCGAUCCCAUCGACGAACCACCACCUGCAUUCUCUAGAUCAACUCCUCGAUCAGGCUGGUCGUCAUCAUCAUCCUCUUCAUCCACCUCAUCUCACCACCACCAACGUCAAGACACGCCUUACUCUAAUCAGACGCGGAGACACCACGGAGGAGGAGGACCUCGAAACUUUUCCCACCAUUUGAAUCAAGGCGUCCGUCCCGACGGGUACAAAAGUACUGGUGACCACCAUCAUGAAACUACUCCCAUAAAGCGAACUCUGCCACUUCCACCCCCACCGCCGCUCAUGUCCAUGCCACUCUCACCCAGUUUACGAACAAAAGCUGCAGUCAAGGACUUUGGGGGCGGACAUAAGAGUGAAAAUGGAAGUGGGGGUGAUGACUUAUUGGAUAGUCGUCUAUAAUCUCCUACAAAAUUGACAGCAAUUGAACAAUCAGAUCAACCCAUCCAAAUUUAUGUUGUUUAAAAAUUCUCUAUUAUUUAUUUUUGAGUGCUACAUUGAAUUGAGUCACGAGAUUUACAAUUCUCGUCCCCGCCGCUCAAUCCAAUACGUAUUUAUUUUAUUGUUAUGUACAUAAAUUCGGAAAUAUGAAUUCUGGAAAUAUCUUUAAUUUUCGUUAAUAUUCUGUACUUAAAGUAUAAAAUAAGUUUUUGAUCUUUGAUUGAAUUUCCAUGUACAAAAUAGCUCUCGUCCGGUCGUUGCUUAUUAAUAUGUAUCUAGAUAUUCUUAUCAUUAGACAGAUCAUUAUACUAUUUAGUUUUAUUCCAAUAUUUUCCUCAUUUUAGUUCCUAGUUUCCUACUUCAAUAAUUUGGCCAGAUUUUUUUUUUUACUUUCAAUCUAUCAAAUUUUCCACCAGUUUCUAGGUGUGGUCUAAUCUUUAUUUGAUUGAUGAUGGUCAGAUAUGCAAUAAGCCUAAUUAAUUAACUAAUGAAUUACUUCAAGGCAAAGCCUAAUUAAUUUAGAUUUAGAAACAAACUGUAUAGCCUUUAAAAUAUUUAUAUGUACCACUUAUAUUUUUGUAUCACACACUUUUACAAAUACUUAUGUGUAGAAUUAAGUAAUCUAAUCAUAGUACAACGUACACAGACAGAAAAGAUCAACUUCAAAUAAUUUUACAAAACUUGAGAGAAAUAAUUUAUCAACUAAAUAUUUACAAAAAACAGGUAGAUAAUAAUACUGCAGAAAUACAUUAGUACCGAGAUGAAUAUGCGGGUAGAGAAGAGACAUAAUAAAAUCCUGUAAAACUCAA